UGGGCUUCAAGUGAAGUGGAUUUAAUGGAGUUUUGAGUUCCAUUUAGGCUUAGAAGGGAAGAAAAAGGUCAGAGCUUUGAGCGAGAGCGAGCGUGAAGGAAGGGACCUCUGGCCACUGGAUCGAAGGAAAUCAUCAGCCACUUGGAGCAUUUAUUUGGUGAAUUGGACCUUUAUAUAAAGUAAUUUUAGUUCUUGGAAGGAGAUAAUUAAUUCUUUCUUGUAGGUGUUGUUGGUGAUGCUGGUUGUUGCAGCAUAAGCAGACUGUUGUUUUCUGCUUCUUUGUGGGGAUUCUAGUUUGUUUGGGCUUGUGUUUUUGUUUGUGUAGAUGUCUUUUAGAAGUAUUGUUCGAGAUGUCAGAGAUAGUAUUGGGAGUUUAUCUUGGAGAAGCUCCGAUCAUCAUCGAGGGAAGUCUCGAAUUUCAGUACAUGAGAUCCAUGAACCGUCAUUGGUGAUUGAGAAUGGUUGCUGGGCUAGCCUUCCGCCUGAAUUGCUACGAGAUGUAAUAAAAAGGUUAGAGGCAAGUGAGUGCACAUGGCCUUCUCGAAAGAAUGUGGUUGCUUGUGCUGCUGUUUGUCGAACAUGGAGGGAAACUUGCAAAGAGAUUGUCAAAAGCCCAGAAUUUUGUGGGAAGCUUACUUUCCCGGUAUCUUUAAAGCAGUCUGGACCUCGAGAAGGAACCAUUCAGUGUUUCAUUAAGAGGGACAAAGCAAAACAUACUUAUCAUCUCUUCCUUUGCCUAAGCCCAGCGGUUCUGGCCGAGAACGGGAAGUUCCUCUUAUCAGCCAAAAGGAAUCGCCGCACAACAUGUACAGAGUACAUAAUAUCUAUGGAUGCUGACAAUAUAUCAAGAUCAAGCAACUCUUACAUUGGAAAAUUGAGGUCAAAUUUCCUUGGCACGAAGUUCAUAAUAUAUGACACUCAGCCUCCAUACAACGGGGCUGCUGCAACUCACCCAGGCCGCACUAGCCGACGAUUUUACUCCAAGAAGGUAUCCCCUAAAGUUCCUUCUGGAAGCUUUAACAUUGCACAGGUGACUUAUGAGCUGAAUGUCCUCGGCACUCGGGGUCCUCGAAGGAUGCACUGUGUCAUGUACUCAAUUCCAACUUCAUCACUCGAUGUUGGCGGUAUUGUCCCUGGCCAGCCUGAGCAACUGCUUCCGCCUUCCCUGGAAGAUUCCUUCCGGAGCAUGUCGUUCUCCAAGUCAUCAAUCUUCGAUCGCUCCAUGGAUUUCAACAGCGCUCGAUUCUCCGAAAUUGCUGGAGCUAGUGGAGCUGAUGGCGAAGAAGAGGCUAAGAUGAAGCCACUUGUUCUCCGAAACAAGGCACCACGGUGGCACGAGCAGCUGCAAUGCUGGUGUCUUAACUUCCGUGGUCGAGUAACCAUAGCUUCAGUGAAAAACUUCCAGCUGAUCGCAGCCACACAACCCACAGCCGGAGCCCCAACUCCAGCGCAACCAGCACCGACUGAGCAUGACAAGAUCAUCCUCCAAUUCGGCAAGGUCGCCAAGGACAUGUUCACCAUGGAUUACCGAUACCCGCUCAACGCUUUCCAGGCUUUCGCCAUAUGUUUGAGCAGUUUCGACACCAAGCUAGCCUGUGAAUAAAUACAUUCAGUUCAAAAUGGCAAAGUGUGUUCCUUGUUUUGAUGCUCUGUAUUUAUCUUUGUAUCUCAGUAAACAUUGUUGCAGCAUUUCCUCAUUUUGUGUUCUUCCACUGAAUUCUUUUACCUCCCUUGAUUUUAACUGUUGCAAAGUACAUGCAAGGUGAUCAUUAAAUUAAGGUAACAACACAACAAACAACAGUAGUGCAUGAUGUAUGUACAUUGUGGACCUUUGUUGUUGUUUUUCUUA